UCUCAACUUUACACCAAGCUUCACCACCGCCUAUCCUUUUGCGGAUAUUCAUCCAGACGUUCCUGGUACACAACGACACAUCCCAGGGGCAUCUCAGUCAACAACACCAGACGGGACGUUCCCAACAGCUAGCAGCAAACAAGUCAAUCUUCUGCAACUCACGGCCACUUAGCCAUCCCGAUGAGUCUCUUUCAUAACACCACAUCAAAUCGACCCGACGCACCGAAUCCCGUCAUGCUCUUUGGUCAACCCCGCCCCUAUGGCGGACCCGGUCUGUUUGGGGCCCAGCCUACAUAUCAACACAUCUGCGGUCUCUACUACAUCGAUCCGCAUCGCCACCAGAAACAUGCGCGGCAAUAUCUUCCCACGCUUUCACAGUCGGUGCACGCUCGCAUCAUUGCAUCGACAUCUCGGACAACUCUCACCCAAACCUUUGUCAACCCCUCAUCGACGGCACCCAUCCCCGAGCUUCGCUACACCUUUCCCCUCUAUGACGGUGUGUCCGUAGUCGCUUUCACCUGCACCAUCAACAACGAUCGUGUCAUCCGUGGUGUCGUCCAGGAGAAGACUGCUGCUCGCAAGACGUACAACCAAGCUGUUGCCAAGGGCCAAACUGCUGGUCUCUUGGAGCAACUCCCUGAUGCGAGCGAUGUCUUCACCACCACCAUUGGCAACGUGCUCGCUGGCGCCCAGAUUGCCGUCGAGAUUGAAUACCUCGGCGAGUUGAAGCACGAUGCCGAAGUCGACGGCAUCAGGUUCAUCAUUCCCACUUCCAUUGCCCCCCGCUAUGGCGCAUUCCCUGGCGAGUUGCUGGCCAAGCCCGCCAACGUCUCUGCAGAGGACGGUAUUCGCAUCGUAGUUGAUGCCCAAGUGCCGGCUGGAAGCUUCAUCAAGUCGAUCCAGUCGCCUUCACAUCCCAUUUCUGUCUCUAUCGGCUCAACGUCCACUAUGCGCGCCAACGCCACACCAUCUCUCCAGCUUGCGAGUGCCACACUCUCCCUUGGCACUGCUCAACUGGAACGCGAUUUCAUCGUCCAGGUCAUUGCGACAAACACCUCCAACCCCGUUGCAGUUCUCGAGACGCACCCCGCCAUUCCUCAUCAGCAGGCCCUCAUGGCCACCCUUGUGCCCAAGUUCAAGAUUGCUGCCACCAAGCCCGAAGUUGUCUUUAUCUGUGAUCGCUCUGGUUCUAUGGAGGGAAACAAAAUGCAAGAUCUCAAGAAUGCUCUUAAAGUCUUUAUGAAAUCUCUGCCUGUCGGAUCCAUGUUCAACAUCUGCAGCUUCGGCUCCAGGCAUGAUUUCUUGUUCCCAAAGUCCGUCAUGUAUGACCAGAACACCAUGGAAACUGCCAUGCGACACAUUGAUACCUUUUCCGCCAACUACGGAGGCACCCAGAUCUACAACCCCAUCGAGUCAACUUUCAAGCGACGCCACAUCGACCUUGAUCUUGAGACUUUCGUCCUCACUGACGGCGAGGUUUGGGAUCAAGAUCGCCUCUUCGGCAUGGUGAACAGAAUGCUCAGUGAGUCCAAGGGCGCCAUUCGUCUCUUUACCCUCGGUGUCGGCAGCGGUGUCAGCCACUCUCUCAUCGAAGGCCUCGCUCGAGCUGGCAAUGGUUUCUCGCAAUCUGUCUCCGAGGGGGAGAAAAUGUCUGGCAAAGUCGUCCGCAUGCUCAAAGGAGCUCUCACUCCCCAUGUCAAUGAUUAUACCCUCGAGGUCAAAUAUGCCGAUGCCGAGUCUGAGACGGAGCCUGAAGAUGACUUUGAUAUCAUUGAACCUGAAGAUGCAACUCUCGAGAAGACAGCCGAUGGCAAAGUAACCGAGAAGCCCGUCAAGCCAAUUUCUCUCUUUGACACCAUCGCAGACGACGAUGUUGACAUGGAAGAUGCCCAAGCUCAAGACGACGGCUCUGGACUGGAGCGGUACUCACACAUUCCGACAGUCAAGCCUCCCAAGAUCCUUCAAGCUCCCUUCCAGAUCCCGCCUCUCUUCCCUUUCAGCCGCACUACUGUCUAUCUCUUGCUCUCUCCCGACAGAGAGCUGAGAUCCAAGACUCCGGAGGUCUUGGUUCUGCGUGGCACCUCAUCCCAGGGUCCCCUGGAGCUCCAGAUCCCCAUCACCCUGCUUGACGAUAAGGCCGAGACGAUUCAUCAGCUCGCCGCUCGCAAAGCUGUCAAGGAACUGGAAGAAGGCCGUGGCUGGAUCUACCACGCCAAGGGUAAAGAUGGCAAACUUCUAGAAACGCAGAAUCCCGGCCGUUUCCCCGGCAUGGUUGAGCGAGAGGCCGUCCGCCUUGGCAUCCAGUUUCAGGUAGGAGGCAAAUGGUGCUCCUUUGUUGCUGUUGAGCAGAACGACACUCCAAACAUCCCCGCCGCCAAUACAGAGCAGGUCAACCCAGAGCAGGCCAAACCUGGAGCACAGAAUCUGUUCUCGAAUCUCCAGAGGGGGCCAGAUCCGGUUCUCUCAUCACGGUCCCGCGCUUAUGAUGAUGGUCUAAACUCAUCAUCGUCAUUCGGCGCCGCUUCCUCAUCAUCAACACGCGCAUCACCGUUCGGCAUGUCAACCUCAACAACUUACUCAAACCCAUAUCCGCCACCUACCGGCGGUUCGUUGUUCGGCGGAUUAGGUUCCUCCACUCCCCAGCAUCAGCAACGUCCAACAGCGCCUACGGCCUUUGGAUCCUUAUUCGGCCAGCCUGCCCCGUCGUCUACUCCAGCUGCCGGUGGCCUCUUUGGUGCAAGUUCGUCUGUCACUGGUGCCUUUGGUGCUGCCCCGACCGCCGGAGGAUCUGGACUCUUUGGUGGAUCUGGCGGGGGCUUGUUUGGACAUCCCACGGCUUCUGCGCCACCCAACCCAGCUUCCACCAGCCCGUUUGGCUCACGUUCUUCUACCGCUGGUGCGUUCGGCGCAUCUACAGCCAGUGCAAGUCAAGCUGGAGGAUCUCUCUUUGGUGGAACUGGAUCUGGUGGAGGCUUGUUUGGUCAAUCCAUGGCUGCCGACUUUGUCCCUUCCGUGCCCCCGACUGGAGGUCUGUUUAGUAGCGCUUGUCGUCGGUCUGCCACUGACGAUUCUACGUCCGGAGGUCUGUUUGGCAGCAUAUCUGAGGAGUAUGCCGGCGACCAGUCCAUUUCAUAUGAGACUGAAGGUCUCUUUGGCAGCUCAAGCGCAGCUCCCCCAUGGUCCGACAGCGGAGAACCUCCCAUCGUCCAAGCUGCCGCGCUGGCCCCUCCCACGGACCAGGUUGAUGCCGCUCUGCUGGAGCAAUACAACCUGGAGAUGUCUGAAGCUGCAUGCAUGCCCAUCCCUGAUGAAGAUACUGAUGAUGAUUGGGAAAAUGAAAUUGCCCCAGCUCCAGCUCCUGCUGCGGAGCCCGCUCUUGAUCUGUCGAUGAAGAAGAAGAAGUUCAAAAAGGGCCAAGAUUCUCCCAACAUUGUGCUCCCGGGUUACGACAACUUCUCACCACCUACCGAUCCGUUCUCUGCCAUAGUAUCGCUCCAGAACUUCAACGGUAGCUGGGAUUCUUCGAAGGACAUCUUCAACAUCAUUGGCACUACUUUGGAUGUGGUGAAGAACGCUCUGCGCUCGCUUGGUGUUGACGACGAGGGAGUCCUGUCUACCUCCGCAGUCGUUGCCUACCUGCGCAAGGUCCUUCCAGCGGAGCGGGACAGCUGGGAGAUGCUGGAGGAGAAGGCGGUUGCUUGGCUCGAGGGGGAGUUGGGCGAAGAGAAGGCUCAGAAGGUUUUGGCUGUUGCUGAUGGUCUCUUUUGAGGAUGUUGUUUUGGACAUGAUAAUGAGGUAUUUGGAUCUUGUGGACAGCCGAUCGAUGUGACGGACUGGUAAAGUUCCAGCAAUUCAGGGAUUGAUGAAAUAGUACAAUAAUAAUAUGAUACUCACG